GUUCGUCGAGGUCGCGCCGCCCCGUCCGCCCGUUGUUUGACGUGCCCAACCUGCAAGAGCUUCUCCUCGCUGGCGACGUCGCGCUCAUCGCCACAGACCUUCGAGGCGUCAACCGGGAGGAGUCACGGCGCCGACUCGAAGACGGUCGCGUUCCUCCAAUAA